CUGAGAGACGCCGAGGUAGGCUUGCCUGAUGCUAGCCAGUUAGCCGCUUUAGCUGUGGCCACUAAUCCAGGAAGAAACGGCUUUACCUUCCGCUUUUUCGAUCAGUAUCACCCACUGGAGACAGGUCGGCAGCAAUGGAGGGGCUACAGCGCACACCUGGCGCAUCUCCACUCGUUAUUAACAUUUGCUUAGAUGUCAGUGUCAUAGUUUGUAGCUAGGGCUGCCCCGUUAGCUCAGCUAGCUACCGUUAGACCAGCGCAGGAUCAGGCCGAAGCGAGAAAAGGAAGGCCUUGGGCAGGCGUCUGGUCUGUAGGAGGACAGCGGAGGAAAGGAGGGGACUGAGAAACCCGUUGUUGGAACAGACCUUCUUUUGAAGUUGCCUCCGCCAUCAUCCUCGUCACUGUCAGCCUCAGAUGAGUAUGUCUUCGUCAGGGUGCUGCCACCUACCCGGCUCCCUGUGUGAUUAUUCUGGGAACGCUGAAUCGGAUGCCUCCAAAGAUUCGGAGGAGUCUGACUCCACCACGCAGGCCCAGUAUAUCGCCAAGGUUACAGCAAAAGAUGGCCGCCCACUCUCAACCAUUGUCAAAGCAGUGAGCUUGCAGAGUGAUGUGGGAAUGUGUCGGAUCUGUCAUGAGGGAGCCGGAGGAGAGACGCUGCUCUCGCCAUGUGACUGUACUGGUACACUGGGCAAAGUGCACAAGAGCUGCUUGGAGAAGUGGCUGUCAUCCUCCAACACCAGCUACUGUGAACUUUGUCACACAGAGUUUACUAUCGAGCGGCGGCCACAGCCACUCACACAGUGGCUGAAGGACCCCGGCCCUCGCAGUGAGAAGCGCACGCUGUUAUGCGACAUGGCCUGCUUCCUCCUCAUCACACCCCUGGCAGCCAUCUCUGGGUGGCUGUGUCUGAGGGGGGCCCAGGACCACCUGCAGUUAAAGAGCAGGCUGGAGGCUGUGGGCUUGAUUGCCCUCACCAUCGCCCUCUUCACCAUCUACAUCCUCUGGACACUGGUGUCAUUUCGAUAUCACUGUCAGUUGUACUCAGAGUGGAGGAGGACCAAUCAGAAAGUGCGCCUGCUCAUGCCCGACAUGAAAGGGGCGCACACCACCCAGCGCUCAGUGCCAACCAAGUCGACCAAGAAAAUGACUGACGAGACCAUCGUAUGAGCGGAGCGGUGACAAGAGGAAUGCUGAAAAUGAAGUCCUCUCUAAAAACCAGAUUAAUCAUAUUAAUGAACUUUUGCACUUCAUAUGGACCAUUCUGAGAGGGAGGAGCUACUUAAUCCUUCUGUUUUGUUUUAUCGAAGCACUUGAUGUAAAGACCUCUGUGGUGUUGGGCGACCACAGACCUGAUAUCGGGAAGAACUCAUUCCGGAGUCACAGUUGAAAACACAAAUUGUCACCAGACAGCCAGUGCUGGGCUGUGAACAGCUGGACACGUGGAUAAUGGACUAACCAGCCCAACGCUAUGUCAGUGACACAAACUUAUGAAAUACUAAGACACAAGCUAAUGUAGCAGGAUAUAACUGAAUCAGCAUGCUACUACAGUAUAAUAAGAAGCAUAUUCACUACCUAUAAACCCCCCCCCCAUGCCCCCUCACAGUGUAUUUAGCAGUUUUUGAACAAUGGGUGAAACUUCAGCCCUGCGGAGGAAAAUAAUCUAAAAAUGCGAUUGACAAAGUCUAUCUGUGAAUAGUCCCUUUUUCUUUUUCUUUUUUUUUUUGACAAGUAGAGAGUGACAGCCACUCAUUCCAAUGUCCUUGUCCAUAAUUUCAACCCUUUUUAAUUUUCCAGGUGAGGCUUUUUCAUUGCUUUUUGAAGACUGAAAAUCAAAUCAUUUUCCUUUGUCGGCAGCAGCAUCAUGUAUUUGUUCACGUGUCAACAGGGCCAGUGAAGGUUGUGUAUGGACAAACAUUAAUACUAACCUGUUACACUGCAGUGCAGUAAAAAUAGUAUUUGAAGGUGUGGAGAAGCGUCUGCGAUCUAAUUGGACGAUGUUCCUUCUUUAUUCAUAAAAGUGCAUUAGCAAACAACCUUGCUCCACUUGUAAAUGCACCAUCCAUUGAUUGACCUGCGUCUGCCUAGCAAAGACUAGUAAUAAUGUUUUGCAUCGCAAGAGAUGCGUUUUUAAAUAGAGGAGAUAACAGUGUUUUGGAGUAGGGAGAUUGCAGACUGCUGACCGAUCUGAAAACGCUGACGUAUCGGAGCCGGCUGGUGCUUAACGAAGGUGCAAAAGAGAAAAUGUGUCUGGAGACGUCAGUUGAUGUAUGCAGCGUUUGCCGAGAGUAUUUUGUGUUCUUGUAGUCUUCCUGCUGCAUCCCCCCUGGAAAGUUGGGUUAUUGUGCAAUAAAACGUGAGGGACUCCUGGA